AGAAUUCUAUAAUGUCAGUGUCUAUGGUGAUGUCAUGUUAUCUCAAAAAAUAUCAACAAACUGAGGGUGUAUUAAUUAUCAAAAUUAUAAAAAAAAUUCAAAUUAGGCACAUUCCCUUACCUUAGUUUAAUGGCUCAGAUAGGGGAACCUCUUACCUUAGGGAAAGAUAUCAAACGAUCCAUUGAACUUCUAGAAAAACUGCAGAAAAGCGGAGAAGUGCCGGCUACGAAACUUAUAGCUCUUCAAAAAGUACUUCAAAGUGACUUUUUACAUGCUGUCCGAGAGGUUUAUGAACAUGUUUAUGAAACAGUUGAUAUUCAAGGAUCUCAAGAUGUUAGGGCCUCAGCAACAGCCAAAGCAACAGUGGCAGCUUUUGCAGCCAGUGAAGGACAUGCCCAUCCAAGAGUAGUCGAACUACCUAAAACUGAAGAAGGUUUGGGUUUCAAUGUUAUGGGAGGUAAAGAACAGAACUCUCCAAUAUAUAUUUCUAGAAUUAUUCCUGGAGGUGUGGCUGAUAGACAUGGUGGACUUAAAAGAGGAGAUCAGCUCUUAAGUGUUAAUGGAGUUUCUGUAGAAGGAGAGAACCACGAAAAGGCAGUAGAACUCUUAAAACAGGCUCACGGCUCUGUUAAAUUAGUGGUGAGAUACACCCCUAAAGUUCUUGAGGAGAUGGAACUUAGAUUUGAUAAACAGAGGGCCAGAAGGAGACAGCAGUACAAUUAAGGCUUAUAUCUUUUAAUCAUUGUUGACUGGAUAGGAUUUGAUUAUUACUAUGGCUCAUUACAUGAUGGCUCAUUUCUUCAUACACGACUUAAAAAAAAGCUCUUAAAAUUAUAAUUAAUAUCUCUUAAAUAUUAGCAAUUAUUGUAGAAACUUGUAUUAAUCCUAAGACUAUUUACUAAAAUACAUAUUAAACCCUUUUUUAAAAUUCUAUUUAGAUUUUGGGGAGUAUAAUUUGAUUGCCAUUUGAAAUUAAAUGAUUUGUUGGUUAGGUAAUUUAGGAUUAUCAUAUUAAUCAUAAAUAUGUUUUCUUGUUACGAUUAACAUUUAAAAUCAAUUCUGUAAAAGGAUAUCCUAAUAUUGGAAUCCAUAUAUCAAGGAACUCUAAAAAGAAAGAAGAAUAUGAAGACAGUGUUUUUAGAAUUUAGGGUUUGAAAUACCUAUUUAAGCUGCCAUAAUGUUUAUUUGCUAAUAAACGCCCACUCAUACUAUUUAGAACCGCAAAUAAACCUCUUGUUAUUGCAAAUAA